GUGUUACAAGGUCUCAGGUGUGAAUGGGGAGCAGAUGUGUUAAAUUUGGUGUCAUCGCUCUCACACUCCCUCAUACUGGUCACUGGAAGUUCAACAUGGCACCUCAUGGCAAAUAACUCUCUGAGGAUCUGAAAAAAAAGAGUUGUUGUUCUACAUAAAGAUGGCCUAGGCAAUAAGAAGAUUGCCAAGACCCUGACACUGAGCUGCAGCACGGUGGCCAAGACCAUACAGCUUCCCAGUGCCGGCAGCACUCAUGCAGCCCCAGACCAUGACGCUCCCACCACCAUGCUUGACUGUAGGCAAGACACACUUGUCUUUGUACUCCUCACCUGGUUGCCGCUACACACGCUUGACACCAUCUGAACCAAAUGAGUUUAUCUUGGUCUCAUCAGACCACAGGACAUGGUUCCAGUAAUCCAUGUCCUUAGUCUGCUUGUCUUCAGCAAACUGUUUGCGGGCUUUCUUGUGCAUCAUCUUUAGAAGAGGCUUCCUUCUGGGACGACAGCCAUGCAGACCAAUUUUAUGCAGUGUGCGGCAUAUGGUCUGAGCACUGACAGGCUGAACCCCCACCCCUUCAACCUCUGCAGCAAUGCAGGCAGCACUCAUACGUUUAUUUCCCAAAGACAACCUCUGGAUAUGACGCUGAGCACGUGCACUCAACUUCUUUGGUCGACCAUGGCGAGGCCUGUUCUGAGUGGAACCUGUCCUGUUAAACCGCUGUAUGGUCUUGGCCACCGUGCUGCAGCUCAGUGUCAGGGUCUUGGCAAUCUUCUUAUAGCCUAGGCCAUCUUUAUGUAGAGCAACAGCUCUUUUUUUUCAGAUCCUCAGAGAGUUAUUUGCCAUGAGGUGCCAUGUUGAACUUCCAGUGACCAGUAUGAGGGAGUGUGAGAGCGAUGACACCAAAUUUAACACAUCUGCUCCCCAUUCACACCUGAGACCUUGUAACACUAGCCAGUCACAUGACACCGGGGAGAGAAAAUGGCUAAUUGGGCCCAAUUUGGACAUUUUCACUUAGGGGUGUACUCACUUUUGUUGCCAGCGGUUUAGACAUUAAUGGCUGUGUGUUGAGUUAUUUUGAGGCGACAGCAAAUUUACACUGUUAUACAAGCUGUACACUCACUACUUUACAUUGUAGCAAAGUGUCAUUUCUUCAGUGUUGUCACAUGAAAAGUAUAAUCAAAUAUUUACAAAAAUGUGAGGGGUGUACUCGCUUUUGUGAGAUACUGUAUAUUAGAAGCUUCAUCAACAAGGAGGUGAUGUAUUUAAUGCAUUCUGCCGCUUCUUUGAACUUCUCUCUUGCAAACACACUCCAGUGCUAAGGGCCUGCCAACAAACCCCUACAUACACACUCGCCUGUUUCCAGAAGCAUGUGCUCAGAGCUAGCAUUUAAACAAGGCCUCUUCUUCCAUUCAGAACAAUGACUGUCCAUUCCUGGCUCUUUGUUACGUAAUAAUAUGUGCACCUCUGGAGAGGAGUCGUGCCCGGCGCACUCGGCUCUCUCUCUCUCUUAAUAGCUGUGGAUGUUUUGUUCAGGGCCCGUCGCCAUGGAGACACACCUUGCCAGAGGCCAGCUGAGCGCUGUAUAGCCCUGAAUGAUCAGGAGGGAAGGAGGAGGAGUAGGGUGGAUAAGGGAGGGCUGGAUGAGAGGUUCUUCUCUUCUCUCUGUCAAGCUCUGCCUUUAGUAGGGGUGUCUAGCUUUUUUGGAGAUGAUAGACUCUGGAGGUUAUGCUCAGAGGAUGGCGGCAGUGAAUGACUCGCGGCUGCUGCAGCAGCCCCCUCAGAAGGACGCAGCUGAUCAGAACUUUGAUUAUAUGUUCAAGCUCCUGAUUAUUGGCAACAGCAGUGUGGGCAAAACCAGCUUCCUGUUCCGCUACGCUGAUGACUCCUUCACCUCGGCCUUCGUCAGCACUGUAGGCAUCGACUUCAAGGUCAAAACUGUCUUCCGUAACAACAAGCGGAUCAAGCUACAGAUCUGGGACACAGCAGGACAGGAGCGCUACCGAACCAUCACUACAGCAUAUUACAGAGGAGCCAUGGGCUUUCUGCUAAUGUAUGACAUCACCAACCAGGACUCGUUUAAUGCUGUACAGGACUGGGCUACCCAGAUUAAGACAUACUCAUGGGACAAUGCACAGGUGAUUCUGGUGGGUAAUAAGUGUGACCUAGAGGAUGACCGACUUAUUCCAACAGAAGACAGCCAGAGACUAGCUGAUGAACUAGGAUUCCAGUUCUUUGAAGCCAGUGCCAAAGACAACAUCAACGUGAAGCAGGUGUUUGAGCAGUUGGUGGAUGUAAUCUGUGAGAAAAUGAACGAAACUAUGGAGGGAGAUGGUCCACUCAACAGCCUCAAGGACUCCAACCUGCAGGACUCUACCACUGAAGGACAUAGCAGCUGUGCCUGUUAAAACACCAACCCCACACCAUCUUACUUCCACCCCUACAAACUGCACCCUUGUCUCAGUCCUCCUGCCACACCUGUUUUCGGAGACUCAACACUAGCUAUAUGACUAAGACUUAUUGUUUUGGAUUAAGAUGUGUUCUGAUUCAGAUUCUGUAAACCUUUCUCACAUUUCUUAGGUUUCUGUCAAACCAGUAUUCUAACUUAAAUUCAUUUGGCCAAUCAAAAGAAAGUCUUUAGUCUGUACUGUAGUCCAUAUGUAUGAUGUCUAUAGAAAGCAUUGCUGCUAACAGAAAAAAAAAACCAGGGUGUUUUGUGAUUUAGCUAAGUGUAAGGUCAUGGUAGGUGGAAGCAUUUCCUGUGAAAUAAGGUGCAGCGUUCCCUAAAUCACUUAAAAUCUUAAACCUUGUUGCAGCUCAUUUUAGCUCCUCUCACAACUGUACUAAGAAAUGCACAGGCUGUUAAAGGUCUGUGUGCUAGCAGCUUACAGAGAUAAACAUCUGUCCAUCCAUACCCAUCCAGUCCUUCUAACCCUUGCACUUUCUCCUCUCCUCUGAAAAAAAAAAAGCUUGGGAGGGAGAGCUCUGUGGCUUAGCCCAUAAUGGAUGUGUUUGUGUCACAUGCAAGUUGAUAGCCCCGUUUUCAACUGCCAGUCUGUGCCAGACUGUCUGUCUGUAUAAAGGUUUAGUUUUUAGAGGAACCACAUGUCAAUGCACAAAAGCAUGAAAAACAAAUGAAGACAAACAGAAUUAAAAAUUAGGAUAAUAUAAUCGUUACAUUUCAUGUCAAAUAUUUUUCUUAAUGGAAAUGAAAUGAAUUUCUAGUGAAAUUUUCUGGUAAAAUGCUGCAUAUGGUUCAAUGGGAAUAAUUAGGGCACAAUCACAUAACCUUUUGAAUUAAUGUUCUAAACCAGAUACACUAAGUAUUAAAUACAUUGAACUCUUCCUGCUUUUUUAAAUUUUAUAUUAUACUUACAAAGCUACCAGGUAAAUCUUCACAUUUCAUUUCAGUAUAAAGCUAGUCUCAUUAUUUUUUAAAGUAAUACAAUUUGCUGAGGUGAAUCUUAUGGACUAGGUAUGCUUUAAGCUUUUAAGUGGUGUUUUUGUGUUUAAACCAUCAUUGCAGUGAGGCUGUAGUGUAUAUAGAAAGAUCAGAUGUCUGCACUAAGGGCUUGUGGAAGUGAAAAAGAGGAUUGUGUGUGUCACAUGUUUUGUUCUUGUAAAUCUUGUUUCCUGUUAAUUUGUUACUAGUGUUUCUUUGUACAAUAUACCACCCCAACCUGCGUCCGUAUCACUCGUCACAGUUGUGAAGUACAGAAGAGAAACUGUACUUUUGUGUGGCAGAAUCAUUCAGUAAGUGAGAUUGUGUAGAUUACAUGCCAUGUACCCUUUAUAUAUUCAGGGACAGUGCUGAAAAUUGCAGUAGGGUGAUGAUUCAGGCUCCUCAUUAUAUUUGUACUAAAGUCUCAUGUGAUCAGCUAGUGCCAUCAUUAUGACAGAAUGUACAUAUUGCCUUCAAAUGUCAAAACCUCUAUGGCCUAUAUUGGCUUGUAUAAAGUUUUUUGGUAUUAAGAAUGCUUUCCAAGCCUAAAUUACAUACUUGUGAUGUGACCUGGUGAGUGUGAUAACAGAAACUAGAGAAAACUCUCUGCAGCUCCUCAUCUAACCUCCACCCAUUCCCUCUCCCUUUUCUCUCUAUCAAUCGCCAAACAUACAGUUAACUGUUAUGAUCCGUUGGCGCUACUCACAGAGAUACUCUGCUCUCAAAUCUUUCUUUAAUCUGCUGUUGUUUUUUUUAUUAUUAUUAUUAUUAUUAUUAUUAUUAUUAUUGAAUGUCUCAAAGAUUCUGUACCAUUAAUAAAGUUCAUAAUUCCUCAUGUGGCAAGGAAGCUGGUCCUCUUUAAAAAAUAAUAAUAAUAAUAUUAGCUCUUUUGCUGUUGUGUUUUUUUUCCCCAUCUUUGAAAAUUAGGGUGCAGAGGGCCACUGAUAGCAUCUGAUUUACCACUGUACACCACAUGGCUGCCAUGCUGUGUUUUAUCUAACUAUCCAGAGAAGUGCACAUGACAAAAGGGGCUUCCUGCAGCAGUAUUCUUGGUAGCCACCGGUAACCCACAACCUCCUGACACGCAUAAAAACAAGACAUAAUUGCUCUCCAGACCAUAAAUAUGGAAACUACAUUUCUGUCAAUCAGGUAGCUGGAACACAAAGUCUGGUCUUCUGCUGAACAAAAACAUCUGUGAAGAAACUCACUCCUCAGUUAUUGCCCCAGUGUUCCAGAAAAGCACUAGUUUUUAAUUCCAGAUAAAAACAUACUUGUUUAAUAUGACCUAUUAAUUGUUGUCAAAUAUACUUUUUUACUAUUUGUAGUAAAUACACUAUAUGGCAGGGCGCAGAGUGGCUUAGUGGUUAGCAGGUUCACCUCACACCUCCGUGCAGGCCACUGAAAUUCUUACACAUCAACUUUGGCAAACCAUGUCUUUAUAGAGCUCUCUGUGUUCACAUGGAGAUUG